AAAACAGCUUUUCUAGGAGGUGUAGCUGGAGGUCCCGGAGGAAGUGGCGAAGCAGGGAAGCCUUAUUUGGCAUGUAGCGGUUCAGACACAAAUGCAACCGGAGACUCAACCCGGGAACGGAGGUCUGGAGGAGCAACGGAAGGAUGUUCUUCCACCGGGCAGCAACAUCUGUGUCCAAUACCAGAGAUGACCCACCUUGAUAGCAAUCGAGGGGAAUGUCUACGCGCCAAACUUCUUCAUAGGUCGCAUACCGCUGAAAGGAUAGCAAAAGACUGGGCUUCGGUGUACACAAAGGAUUACGUUCAGGAAAUUUCAUGCUUUGGUACACCACCCAGAGAUGUUGCCAACAUUUCCCCUGGAGAAAAUCGAAAUGGUGUAGAUUGUUGGAUCCACAGUCUGAAGCGAACCCGGUCGGAUGAUGGCAUGCAGCUGGCACACUGCUGCGACAGCGAGAGUUUGGGUGAUUCAGUGUUCGACAUUCCAGCAGAAUCGGUGCUUUCAUCUGUUAGCGACAUUUUGGAACGAAAUAGUGAUUCGGGAUGUUCUAGUGAGAAAGUCUUCAAAAAUCCAAAGAAGGAGAGUAAGCCUGAGAGUUGUGAGCUCACUUCGUUGUCAUCUCUUCAUCCGAUGCUUCUCUAUGACCAACCGCGCCGGGAGAAAGUCGAUAUCUGGCUUCGUUCUACUCAUUUUAUUUGA